UCUACUGCAAACCACCCAGAACCUCCAGCCCGAUACCAUGGUCAACUCCUGUUGUGGCUCCGUCUGCUCUGAGCAGGGCUGUGGCCAGGAGAGCUGCUGCCAGCCCAGCUGCUGCCAGACCACCUGCUGCAGGACCACCUGCUGCCAGCCCAGCUGCUGUGUGUCCAGCUGCUGCAGGCCCCAGUGCUGCCAGUCUGUGUGCUGCCAGCCCACCUGCUGCCGGCCCAGCUGCUGCAUCUCCAGCUGCUGUAGACCCCAGUGCUGCCGCCCCAGCUGCUGCAUCUCCAGCUGCUGCAGACCCCAGUGCUGCCAGCCCAGCUGCUGCAGACCCCAGUGCUGCAUCUCCAGCUGCUGCCGCCCCUCCUGUGGCAGUUCCAGCUGCUGUGACUCCAGCUGCUGCCGCCGCUGCUGGUCCUGUGGGUUUCGCCCUGUGUGUGGCCAGGUCUCCUGCCAUACCUCUUGCUACCGCCCCACCUGUGUCAUCUCCACGUGUCCCCGCCCCAUGUGCUGCGCCAUCCCUUGCUGCUGAGUCCUGGUGCUGAACCCCAUCCUUCCUCUUCCCUUCACCUUUCUCAUUACAGAAGCAGACCUCGGGCAUCUAAACUAUGACAUCAGAGAAUACAUUCCCACUACCUGUGUGUCCGCAUGCUGGCCCCAGGCAAGCUGUCUUUGGUUGACCUGAAUCAUUAUACUACCUGUUAAGAAAUUAAUAAGAGCUUUCAGGUCCUCUGCUUUGGAACAUGGAACCUCUGCAAGGCCAAUGCAAGCCAGAUCACAGCCUCAGACUUGAGGGUCUCACAGGGCCACCUUCUAUUUCCUUUUACUGUGGGCUUCUGUGAUUUAUGGUUGCUACUUUUAAAUAAAACUAAACCUUUCAUGUCAUAGAAA